AGACGAGGCUACGAUCGUCGGGACGAGACGCCUCCUGAAGGGUUUUCCAACCCGUUCGGUGCGUCAUCCUUCAGAGCUUGUUCCCCAUCGUCACAAGAACGCAACAAAGGGAGUACAACAUCUUCAAUAGUGCUACUUAGUACUUCUAGGCAGAACUCAGGCUACAACGGG